AUGACAGAUACCGCUGAUCAGGAUUUCGAACUUGUGGACGGGGCUGAGCGAAAAUCAAGCACCUCCGAUAGUUUCGAAGCUGUCGAUGAUAAGAAAACAGAUAGCCAAUCGGUCAGUGAGGAUGAAGUAGAUCAAACCUUGCAAGACGUCGAUAAGGAAACUGAAGAAGAAGAGGAACCUAAACUUCCAUUUGUUGAUCAAUCGAUCAAAGAUGACGCUGAACGAAAACCGGAGAAAGACGGAGAGCAGCUAGUGGAGGAAGCAUUGAACGCACCAAUUCGUCCAGAUCAGGAACAAUUCUAUACUGCAGAAUCGUCAAAUAGAGCGAUUACACUUCUCAUUGCUUUUUCUGCUAUGAUGUUCACCGUUCCCCUCCUUGUUAUGGCUACUCUUUACUAUAACGUUUUUAUUGAUCACUUCCAUCUGCCACCAGCGGAAGCAAUGCUGUAUUCUGGAAUCUGUGCUGCUGUUGUUGUCAUCCUAAUUGCAGCUGCCUUCUGUUAUGUCGCCUGGAAAGAAGAAAAAGACGCGGAAGACAAAUUGAAAGCCGAGAAAAAGAAAGAAUAA